AUGCAUAUUAUAAGAUUGUUUGAGAUACUGAGUGCAAUCGGAUCGUUGAUAUACUUAACAUUGGCAUACAUUGAGGCCUCCAGUCUUUCGUGGUCUGUGUUCGCAAAAACUCUGACCAAAGUUCCGGGAAGAAUCAUAGAAUUUGAUAAUACAGAUCAUCCAAUCAUAGCAAAGGGAAAAACAUAUCAAGACAUCGCUUCCAGACCUAAUGAAUGGCUGCGUCAGUGGGCUCGUAUUAUAUUAGUGGUGGAGAGAGGGGUUUCACCGCAACAGAGGCUUAUUAUGCAGAAAAAGUACAGUCAGUUACGAAAGAAACGGAUUCUUCAGAAUCGGAAACAUUGUGGCCAUCGGAAGGCUUAUUAUCGAAGACACGAACAAAACCACAUCUCAUUUUUUCCCAACGUUCAUUUACUUAUGCCAACUGAUCCUCUGAUUGAUAGUAGGGUUGGCGCCAUCGAUGGUCAUACGUAUCAAGAGAUUCGCUAUAUUGAGGGCGUCGUCACGACCCGAAUGCUGCCUCCCAUUAAAUUCCAUCCCAAGAUGUGUCAGCAUUUGAUCCAACGAUAA